AUGUGCGAAGCUAGUAUCAGCUGGCAAUCAAUGCUAGGCGGGCUCCGUGCGCCUUGCUCCCCACUGCUAGGCCCGGUAUGUCAAAGCGAUGUUUGCGCGCGUGCACGGCCACUCACGUCUUGGCCGUCAGGAAGAGCGUCGCACUAUUCACUAAGCCCUUGCGUCGAGCAGCGCGCCAGCACUGCGCGGGUGAACUGUCUGACGUCACCUCUGCUCGGUGCCCUCUUGCGUUCGGUCACGCACAGCGAUGUAUGUAUAGAUCGGCGCCCCGCGAGCGGGUACUUUGCAACGGUGCGCAGACAGCAAGUUGGCGCGUCGGACGGUAGACCGGGUUCGGCAGGGCGAGGCUCAUACAGGGGCUUGUCCAGUGCAACAACAUAUCGAAGCCUAACAAGCGACAUCACCUUGAAGACACGGCACUGUGGCAUCGCGGCCAAAGCGCGAUGCCCAGCCCCGUAUGAUAAUGUAUAUAUGGAUCGUCUUCCGGCGAGCGGCAUGUCGGCUAAGACGGCCCUAGCCGGCGAGCAGGCCAAAAGCAUAGAACGUCGAACGGCACUAGCGUGCUCGACGUACGCAGACGCAGAAGACACUGCUCGCGCGUGCUGUCGCCGCGACUUUGAACACCAAGUUCCCUCUGCAAUAGUUGACAAGUACAUCGGCCGAGUAGUACGCGAGAUGUUCGGCUAUGCGCGCGAGAACGAGCCAUGUGUGAUCUUCAUGGACGAGAUCGACGCUAUUGGCGGGCGACGGUUCUCGGAGGGUACGAGAGAUCCAGCGCACCUUGAUGGAGGACGGCUAGACGGCAAGGUCGAGAUCCCACUGGCCAACGAACAGGCACGGCUAGAAAUGGUGAAGAUUCAUUUCGGGCCUGUGAACAAGGGUGGCGAGAUUGACUACGAGGCUAUUGUCAAGCUCGCGAACGGCUUCAACGGCGCGGACCUGCAUGUUCGCUACUCGGGAUGA